CUGACAUGUCAACUCUAGCAUUUUCGUCCUUGGUCGCGUAAUUUUGAAAACGCGUGUAAGUGUAUAUUGACAGUAUACUUAUUGUAUUUGUCACUUUGGCAGGGCACGAUUCCACACCAGCACAACUAGCAUUGGAAGCUAAAACUGCCAAGGUUAGUAUAAUAAUUGAAAUAUAAAUAAGAAAAAUUGCUAAAAUAAUAAAAAUCGAGUUUCUGUGCGCAGACAGACACUAGUCCUAUUCUUAAAAUGCGAUACAUAAACAGAAAUAUUAUUAAUUUUGAUAGACAUUCAUUGAUGAAGUUAUAAACAAUCCAAGAGACAUUCUGACAUUGAAUAUUAGAUUUAUUAUAAAAUGUAAUCAACUCUUAUGUUUUAAAGGUAGUUGGACCCUGCAAUCCCGCAAGCGUAACUUAAAAUCUUUAACGCAGUGGCGUAACUGGAUGGUGUCCAGAGACGGGGGGCCGGGCCCCCCGGUAAAAAAAACAUAAAAUUUUUGCUAGCACAUUGGGGCAAAUUGGCCCAAGCCUCAGUAAUAGAGGCCCAGAAAAUUCUCAGCGGGUGGCCCCCAAAAGCAGGAAUUGGUCAAAUUUUGGCUUUUUUUUUGUAGACAUGGAUGGGGGAUUGUUUUUUUACUUGUCAUAGUUCUGAAAAUUUUUUUGAACCCCUUUUUUAAUAAGUAUGGUUCGAAAAAUUUUUCCCUUCCCCCUCCCCUCCCCGCUCGCCAACUUAUUUGGGAAAAAUAGGCACCCAUUCACAAAUUUGACGGGGGGCCUCAGGAGGUUGCGUUACGCCCUGCUUUAUUAACGAGACAAUAGACAUUUCAAUACCUUACAUUUGAGUAUAAAUUAUUAUGUAUAUUGUGUACAUAAAAGAUGUAGUUCACUACGGGUCUAAGGGGGGGGGGGGGACCAUUCGAAAAGUGAUGGGGGGAGGGACAAAUCCCCUGCCCCACCCCACUUUUCUAAUUAUCUGCCCCUAGCCUAUUACAGUAGCUCAUCGGUGGUGAACAUACUCGUUCGUUUAGCGACCCUUCACAACUCAUAAAUAGAAAUCGUACGCACUCACCCCGAGGGUCUCUUUUCUCAACCAACGAGACUAUCGGGCGGCUGUUUCCGACGAAGUAUUCUAUACUUGCUUAAUUUUGUAGUUCAACAGAGAGGCAAGGAAGAAUGCCAUAAAGAGAUGCUGUCCCAAACGCAAACUUUCAUUGCACAUCCUUUCUAGUCAAAAAGUCAAAAAUGUAUUGAAUCAUAUUAUUGUGGACAGGAAAAACAAACUACUCUACUGCUAUAUUCCCAAGGUCGCCUCGUCCAAUACGAAAAGACUUAUGCUGACUUUACAAAACUUUACUGACGACAGCAAUGCCAUACGCUAUUUUGAUCACCGUGGUUUUGAAUUCUUGAGCGACGUUUCGCCAGACGAGAGAGACCACAUUCUCAAAACUUUCUUCAAGUUUCUAUUUGUACGGAAUCCUCUCGCUCGAAUACUCUCGGCUUACAGGAACAAAUUUCAGCACAACAAUGGGCAGUUCCAAGUAAAGUUUGGCCGAGACAUUGUACGAAGAUACCGAAAACCGAGUAUCCCGACGAACGAGGUGAUAGGUAACGACGUUACGUUACAGGAAUUCGUAAGAUAUCUGAUAGACAAGGAAAAUUAUGUGCACAAUAUGAAUGAACACUGGAUGCCCAUGUACGAACUGUGUCAACCAUGUUACGUCAACUAUGAUUUUAUUGGUUCAUUCGAGAACCUAGACUUGGAUACAAGCGCGCUAUUGGCAAAACUACGUGCAUCAAAACGAAUUACAUUUCCUAAGAAACAGUCUUUCUACGGGAAAAAGCUGGAUGGGAAAGAAGUUGCCAGGUUCUAUGUGAACCUUACAUUGGACGAGUACAGAUCAUUACAUAAACGAUAUAUUUAUGAUUUUAAAUGUUUUAGUUAUAAAUUUCCUUUCGAAAUAUAACAUUUUGGUGUUAAUAUAUACGUUUGAUAGUUUUAAAGCUAUCGUGCUGACUGGCAAACACAUAUGCAGGCAUAUGCAGAGACACACACACGUACAAACGUAAACAUAACCUCCUGGCGGAGGUAAUAAAUUAUACGAAAUUUCAUCCUUUUAUUAUAUCAUCAAAGAACCUUAUUCAAAUAUAUAUACCUUAUUCAAAUAUACAGGUAAUUCAAAAAAGGUUAUCCUUCGAGUUUGAAACUCUAAACCUUAAACCUUAUGGUCCUUAAACUCUAAGCGCGAAUAGGGCAAUGGGAACACGCAGUGUUUGCCGUAUUUAGUCAGAAAGACUUAAUUGUCAUACUCCUUGUAUACAGCCAAGAUUUACGACGAAAAUCGUUCCCAUUCCGCUUUUCGCGCUUAGAGUUUAAGCUUUGCAAAGGACAACCUUAUUAUGUUGUGUUAUUGUUCACUAACGAAUAAUAACACAAUAUCAGGCAAUAUCUUUCUGCUUGCGCGCAGUCUGGAAAUUAUGAAAUACACACUCGAGAAUAUUUUCAUAUAUAUACAUGUAUA